ACCAAGAUGGCGGACUGAGCAGCUGUGGCUUUCCGGGUAAGUCUUAAAUGUACUUUCUAAAAGCAAAUAUAGUAACAAAUACCUAUUUUGUCUUUUCUAAAACACUGGCGUGAAGAUUGAAGACUUGAUAGAAGAUGGACGACUACUGCUAUGCUAAGAUGGCGACGUCAUGUAAAAGAGAACAUGAAAGAGAAUCUUCCAGCAAAUCACCAACGGACAUAAAGACAAAAACUGCAGAUAAAGACGUCCAGCAGCUGGUUGGUCAUCCAGAAGAACCUCCCCCUAAGUCAGGGGGGAGCUCCACUUUGAAGCAGAAUCCACAGCCCCCCCACAUUAAAGAGGAAGAGGAGGAACUAGAGUGUCUUCUAGGGACGCAGGAAGAUGAUCUCACCAAGUUGCCACUGACUGUUGUCUUUGUGAAGACUGAAGAUGGUGAAGAGAAACCACAACCAGACAACCUAAAAGCUCCACUAUCAGACAGAAAGGCUGAAGACAAGGUUGAAGAUCCUUGGAGCAGCGAUACAGACUGUGAAGACAUCAAGCAGCUGAUUGGUCAUCCAGAAGCACCUCCCCUUCAGCCGCAGGGAGGGAGAUGCACUUUAAAGCAGGAGGAUCUGCAACCCCCACACUUUAAAGAGGAAGAGGAAGAACUUGGGGUCACUCAAGAGGGAGACUGUCUUCUAGGGCCGAAGGAAACUGAUAUUACCAAGAUCCCGCAGACUGUUGUCACUGUAAAGACUGAAGAUGAUGAAGAGAAACCACAACCACACAACGGGGUUGAAGUGACUUUGAGCAGCGAUACGGACUAUGAAGACGUCCAGCAGCUGAUUGGUCAUCCAGAAGGAAUUCCCCUUCAGCCGCAGAGUGGCAGCUCCCCUUUGAAGCAGGAGGAUCCACGCUCCACACACAUUAAAGAGGAAGAGGGGGAACUCUGCAUCACUCAGGAGGGAGAGUGUCUUCUCGGGCCGGAUGAAGCUGAUCUCACCAAGUUGCCACUGACUGUUGUCUCUGUGAAGACUGAAGAUGAUGUAGAGAAACCACAAGUAGACAACCUCUUAUCUCCACCAUCAGAUAGUGAGGCUGAAGACGAGGUUGAAGUAACUUUGAGCAGUGAUACAGACUGUGAAGGUGACGUGAGGACUCACACUGACAACAAACAUGCUCAAAGCUCUAAAAAGGUAAGAGGUCAAACACGUUUUAGCUGCUCAGUUUGUGCUAAAAGCUUUUCUCGUAGGAGCAAUUUUACUCAACACAUGAGAACGCACAAAGGGGAAAAACCAUUUAGUUGUUCAAUUUGCGGUAAACGCUUUUCUCAAAAGAGCCAUUUACCUGAACACAUGACAACACACACUGGAGAAAAAAUAUUUCAUUGUUCAGUUUGUGGUAAAAGAUUUUCUAAUAAGAGAGGUUUGACUGAACACAUAAAAACGCACACGGGAGAAAAACCUUUCAAGUGUUUAGUUUGUAAUAAAAGUUUCUCUCAAAGGAGCAAUUUGACCCAACACAACAGAACACACACAGGAGAAAAGCCGUUCAAUUGUUUUGAUUGCGGUAAAAGCUUUUCGCAAAAGAGCAAUUUGACUAAACACAUGAAAGUACACACAGGAGAAAAACCAUUCAAUUGUUUUGAUUGCGGUAAAAGCUUUUCGCAAAAGAGCAAUUUGACUGAACACAUGAAAGUACACACAGGAGUAAAACCUUUUAAUUGUUCGGUUUGCGAUAAAACAUUUUUACUCAAGCGCCAUAUGAUUGAACACAUGACAACACAUACAAGAGUAAAACCAUUUAAUUGUUCAGUGUGUGGCAAAAGCUUUUCUCAAAAAAGCAAUCUGACCAAACACAUUAGGACACACGCAGGAUGAAAAGAUGAAAAAACAAUUUUUCAGUUUGUGAUAAAAAAAGAAAAUUUGACUCACCACAUAAUGAAACAGAAAAAACCUUCCAGUUGGUCAGUUUGCAGCUAAAGUUUCUCUCUGAAAGGCUUGAUAAAGUACGUGACAAGUACGAAUAAAGUACCAGGGUACUAAUGAACCAACAACGGUACCAUACAGUCUUUGAAAAUUACCGGUACCUUUUUUUUUUCCCACCUGAAUGCUGCCGUGCGGCUGUGAAGUCCAGAGACAAGGUGCAUGUUGUUGACUGUGUCAAAAAUGCACACACAAAGCGCAUACAAGCAGAAACUGUGUGGAGAGGAAGAAUGCCAAAAAAAA